AUCUCCCAAGUCCUUCACAGAGAAACACUUACUCAACCAUGUUUUGAUGGUAGUUAAAUUAGGAAUAUCGUUUCCUAUGAGAAGUAUGUCGUCAACAUACAUAGCAAGGAAGACUACAGAACUCCCACUGACCUUCUUGUAUACAAAAGAUUCAUCCAAGUUUCCUUCAAAACCAAAGCCGAUGACGAUUUCGUGAAAGCGGAUGUUCCAAUUCCAUGAGGCUUGCUUCAAUCUGAAGAUUGAUCGCUGCAACUUGCAUACCUUGUCCACUGCCGCCCACCACAAUAUCUGCCCAGCCCACUGCCGCCCACCACCAUCUCUGCUAAGCCUACCGCCGCCCACCACCGUCUCUGCCCAACCCACCGCCGCUGUUGUACCCGAGACCCGGGGUCUUAUCAAGUAAUCAAUUUGAUGGCGGGUUUACGGAGGAAAUGGAAGCAAGAAGGAAACAACUUUGAACUCCAAAGUUCGGAAACGCGUGAUAGUCGAUUAUCAUUAACUGAUAAUCGAUUAACAAGAUAUGAUUUCCAAACCACGAAUGUUCUAAGAUGCACGAUAGUCGAUUAUCACUUUUAUGAUAAUCGAUUGUUGGAAAUGACGGGGUAAAUAUGGCGGUGAUGAAGGAGUUCUUUUUGGUGUUUUGAUUUAUGAAGAUAGAAUAGAAUGUGGUAUAGGAAUAGAAAAUGGAGAGGAACGAAAUGGAUAGAGAACAAGGAUGGAUAAACCAAAUAAUGAAUAAGAGAUAAACACACUCUUAUUAUAUUUGGGGCUGAUAUCUAUUUCACACAAUAAUAAUCACUACUAAUGUAUAAAAUAGACUCCUAACACACACUCAAAAGUAGCCAACUUUAGAGAUAUUUCAUUAGGAAAUUUGGUUAAAAUAGUAUCACACUAUUUUAAGAGAAUACUCAAAAG